GAGAAAAAAACACUACAUUGUGAAUAGAGCGUGGAUUAUUACAGGUGGCCCCAUGAAAACGCUGGAGUGAUAAAGAGCUGUGGCGCUGCACACCAGAAAUGGCUAGUUUAGUAGAAAAGCUAUUCUACAGGGUCAUCACAUCACAGACAGUCAGGGCAAGACUACGGGCGCGUAAACAGGAGCAGCCAACUAUGAACGUCGGUGUUGUUGCGUACGCGCGCGUCAGAGCGGUUUAGCCACUGAACAUUCAACUCCGGGGAGUUUAUUCGUUUGAUCUGCUGCUUUUAGAACCUGGACAAUGUGCAUAUGUUGACACAUUAUUAAAUAUUACAACAACCGUUUGGAAGAAAAAACGCUAAUAGUUUUUGGUAGUUUUUGAACAUCUUUUGUAGUCUACAUCUAAAACAAAACAAGAGUUGCCAUGGAAAUGAGUAUGCUGUUUCUGUCUUCCCUAUUGGUGUCUGUAUUUGCCACUUCAGACUCCAGUGUCCCUGAUGAAGAGAAAAGAGAUAAAGACCCAUUUAGCUAUGACUAUUACACCCUGAGGAUCGGUGGGCUGUCGCUGGCUGUGGUGUUGUUCACAUUGGGAAUACUUCUCAUUCUCAGUCGACGGUGCCGCUGUGGAGCUAACAAAAAAACAAGGACAUCUGGGGAUGAGGAGGCACAAGAGGAAACCAUGAUUGCCUCUAAGUCUGCAGCAGCGGCCAAAGCAGAAGAAGGGAACUAACCUCUUCGGACCAGGCCAGCCUCAGGAUCACCUGCCACACUCAUUAAGACACUAUUCACACUCACAAUAUACAUGAUUACUGUGUUUGUGAGAUAUUAUAUAGCAUGGGGGCUGAUUUAUAAUCUGGAACAUUAGUUUAUGUUCUGUUCAGUGUCUUAGUGCUCCUUGUCUGUGCCUUGUAUAACACUUGGGUCUAAUCUGUCUUUAAAAGCCAAUGUUGUCAUGUUACUGACUUGAAUUACUUGUUACAUUAAAUAUGCAUUAAAGAUU